AUGGGGAUUCAAACAAUGGGUUCUCAAAGUAAUGGGCAACAGUCUCAUUUACAGGCUAAUCAGUUAGUUAAGCAAAAUUCAUGGUAUGGUCUUACUCUUGAUGAGGUUAACAAUUUACUCGGAGAUUUGGGGAAGCCGUUAGGGAGCAUGAAUCUCGACGAGCUUCUUCAGAAUGUAUGGACUGCGGAAGGGAAUAAUGUUGUAGGGAUAGAGAGCGAGCACGUUUCGUCUUCGUCGUCGUCACUUCAACGUCAGGCUAGUAUGACGUUGGCUCGUGCUUUGAGUGGGAAGACGGUGGAUGAUGUAUGGAGAGAGAUUCAGCAUGGUCAGAAGAAACAAUAUGGCGACAACGAGAAGAUUGUGGAUGGAGAAAUGACUCUCGGCGAUACAACAUUGGAGGAUUUUUUAGUACAAGCUGGGCUUUUUGCUGGAGGUUCUGUUAGUUCGACGGUGGGGUUGGAUGCAAUGGAUACAGUUAUUCCUCAGAGUUUUCAACCGAAAACAGGCUUGUUAUCCUCUUCUUCGAUUAGUAGUAUGUCAGAUACGAAACCAGGUCGUAGAAGGGAUACCUCGGAUGCAUACGAGAAGGCUCUCGAAAGGAGGCUGAAAAGGAAAAUCAAGAAUAGGGAAUCUGCCGCGCGAUCACGGGCAAGAAAACAGGCUUACCAUAAUGAACUGGUUACCAAGGUUACUCGACUAGAACAAGUAAAUAUUCAGCUCAAGAAAGAGAAGGAGUUUGAGCAGGGGCUACCACCUGAACCAUCACAUGAACCAAAAUACCGUCUUCGAAGAAUAAGUUCUGCCCUUUUUUGA